AAUAAAGUACAAAUUAAACUGUACCAACGGCCAGCUGAUAGCCAGUAACAGAACUAGUGUCGCCCGCAGCAGCCGCCGCGCGCUCGCAAUCUGCCGUCGCACGCGCACCCGAACGCUCGCCCCGAUAUACGUUACGUGCUACUGUGAUACUACACAAACAAAAUAUUUCAAAUUAAUUCAAUAAUAAAAAAACACUUUUUUUACUCAUUUACAAACACAAACUUUAAAACAAUUCUCGUCUAAAUUAUGUUAAAAAACAAAUGAACGAUAAAGUGGUAAACUGUUGUCAAAAUGACGUUACGGGUCGAAGUGCCCGGAGAAAAGAUCGUGAGUGUGGAACCAUGCAAGUGCAACAAACAAUACGGCACCGAGCUCAAGAAAACAGAAACGAAAUUGAGCAAAAGACUGAAACAAUUCCUCAAAGAGUCCUGGGCUUUUAGAUCUAAAGUUACAGUGGAACCUUUUGUUAUUUGUUACGUGUUGCCGAGUGUGCUCGCCGGCUUAGCUGUCCAAAAUCUGUGCUUAGAGAAAUCAUGUCUAGUAAAUCUACAAUACGACGAGCGGACCUGCAGGCAUAUAAUGCAGGGCCGCACGCACAACUAUACGGAACAAGAGAAAAAUGUGCAGACCAUGGUGGCUUCAAUGACCGCUUGGAGCUUCCCAUUGCAGACUGCUCUGCCAGGAAUACUAACACUUUUCUUAGGAGCAUGGAGCGAUCGAACAGGGAACCGCAAAGCCUUUAUGGUAUUGCCUAUCCUAGGGAAACUGAUAUCCGCCAUCGGUAUUAUACUGAGCACGGUGUUCUUCCUUCAAGUUGGGUUGAACGAGACGGCAUUGAUAGAGGGUCUCCCACCAGCGCUGGCCGGGGGGCGCGUUGCUAUGACGAUGGCUGUCUACAGCUACGUCACUGACAUCACGAAUGACAGCGAGAGGACUUUCCGUUUAGGGAUCAUAACGGCAAUAUUAACUCUAAGCAGGCCCGUAGGGCUUGCGCUCAGUGGUAUCAUGACGCGUCGUUUCGGUUACUACGGAGUGUUCAUAGUAGCGUGUGUGUUUUACUUGUUCGGGUUUGUUUACAUCGUCUUAAGACUUAAAGAGAAAACAAAAAAGACGAAGGAAGUAGAGAGCGAUAAGUCCCCGAGUGUAUUGUCGUUGCUUUCCGUGAAGGACUUUGUGGCGACUGUGAAUGUGGCGUUCAAAGUGCGGGAGGGAUCUCGCAGACUACAAAUAGUACUAAUUAUGCUUGCCUACAUGUUCAUCGUUGGACCCGUAUUAGGUGAGGCGCAGAUGACCUACUGGUUCACUCGGUACAAGUUCAAAUUCACCGAGGUCGACUACAGCUUGUUUCUCACUUACUCCGUCCUUGUGGGGAGUGUUGGUUCCUUCAUAACAAUAUAUUUGUUCAGCAAAAGAUGGAAGAUAGAAGACAGCAUCAUUGGUGUCGUGGCCUGCUUCAGUAGGAUAGCUGCCAGCGUGGUGUAUGCCAUGGCACCCACUAGGACUGUGUACUUCUUGGGCCCAGUCCUGGACAUGUUCAGUUCCGCUGGGGCCACUUCUCUGCGAUCAAUCGCCACUAAGCUGGUCAAUGAUGAUGAAGUCGGCAAAACAAGCUCUCUAAUCAGCAUAUCAGAGGCCCUGGUGCCCGUGAUAUACUCCCCUGUGUACAGCAAGGUGUACCUGACCACACUGUCCACCAUGCCCGGCGCCUUCUACCUCAUCAGCGCCGCGCUCGCCGUUCCUGCCAUAGCCAUAUUAAUAUCAAUAUUUCUUCUCCGGAGAAAGGACGAGCGCGAACUUGCGGCGCCCGAGCCUAAGCCGAAGGAGAAUGAAAUCACUCGUUUUUGAUAAAUAUUUAUUAUUGUUAAGCGUUAAUGUUAGUUAUAAAUAUGCGAAAAAUCUCAAUAAAAUUAAGGUUUGUAUAGAA